GUCAUCAGCUGUCAAAAUGGCGACCUCGUUGAGAGAAAAACAAAUAAUUUCUCUGAAAAGAAUGCUUAAUUUCAAUGUUACUGUAAACAAAUCAACGAAUGCUGAGCCUCAGUGGAAGAUCCUGGUGUAUGACCGUUUCGGACAGGACAUCAUUUCUCCCCUACUUGGUGUAAAAGAGCUGCGAGACCUCGGUGUGACGCUUCACUUAAAUCUCCACUCGGAUCGUGAUUCCAUCCCAGAUGUACCGGCUGUCUACUUUGUCAUGCCGACUGAGGAUAACGUUCAGCGAAUCUGUAGAGACUUACAAAAUCAGCUGUAUGAGAGUUAUUAUCUUAACUUCAUUUCAGCCAUCCCCCGACAAAGAUUGGAAGAGCUGGCAAAUGCUGCGAUACAUGCAAAUACUGUGCCACAGAUUUCCAAAGUAUUUGACCAAUAUCUUAAUUUCAUUUCACUUGAAGAUGACAUGUUCACUCUGCGUCAUCAAGAUAGAGACAGCAUAUCAUACUAUGCUAUAAACAAAGGAGACGUAAAGGAUACAGAAAUGGAACAGAUCAUGGACACUAUUGUCGAUAGCUUGUUUUCAGUAUUUGUAACACUAGGAACUGUGCCUAUCAUCAGAAGUCCAAGAGGAAAUGCUGCAGAAAUGGUAGCAGAGAAGCUUGACAAGAAACUUCGAGAAAACCUGAGAGAUGCUCGCAAUAGUUUUUUUACAAGCGAUAGUAUUCAAGCUGGCCAGUUUAGCUUUCAAAGACCACUGUUAGUGCUAUUAGAUAGAAAUCUUGACAUUGCAACUAUGUUGCACCAUACAUGGACAUAUCAGGCUCUGAGUCAUGAUGUGCUGGACUUGAAACUGAACAGAGCUGAAAUUGAAGAAGUUGGUGAGUCUAAGUCCCAAGGAAGUCCAAGACCGUCAAAAAAGAAAAAGAGCUAUGACCUUUGUCACUCUGAUCGCUUUUGGUUGAGCCAGAAAGGGAAUCCCUUCCCAGAAGUAGCUGAAGCUGUGCAAGAAGAACUAGAUGCUUACAGAGCAAAGGAAGAUGAAGUGAAGAGUUUAAAAGCUGCCAUGGGGGUGGAAGGUGAAGAUGAAGGGGCAAUAAGCAUGUUGUCCGACAACACCGCAAGACUAACAUCAGCAGUGAGCUCCCUUCCUGAGCUGCUUGAAAAGAAAAGGCUUAUUGACAUGCAUACAAACAUUGCUACAGCUUUGCUUGAUCAGAUAAAAACUAGAAAACUUGAUGUCUACUUUGAAACUGAAGAAAAGCUUAUGAGCAAAGCUGUUCUUGACAACUUGAUGGAGAUCAUAUCUGAUCCUGAGGCAGGAACCCCAGAAGACAAAGUUAGACUAUUCCUUAUUGCUCUAAUUUGUGGUCCAACAAUGAGCGAUGUUCAGAUCGACCAGUACUGUGUUGCUCUUCAGGGUGCAAACUGUGACAUCUCCUCUAUUCAGUAUAUACGGAGAUGGAAAUCAUACACAAAAAUGACUGCAGCUCCCAGUCAGUAUGGAGGCGGUGGAACUAAAACUGUGAACAUGUUCUCCAAAUUGAUGUCCCAAGGUUCACAGUUCUUGAUGGAGGGAGUCAAGAAUCUGGUCAUCAAAAAACAUAACUUGCCAGCUACAAGGAUUGUUGAUGCCCUGAUGGAACUGAAAACGAUGCAGGAUAUUGAGGACUUUCGCUACUUUGAUCCCAAACUUCUCCGUGCUGAUUCUUCAGUCCCUAGAAACAAAUCCCCAUUUCAAGAAGCCUAUGUGUUCGUUAUUGGAGGUGGAAAUUACAUAGAGUACCAGAAUCUUGUUGAUUAUGCCAAAGCAAAGUCUACAACAUCCCCGAAGAGAGUUGUGUACGGAUGCAGUGACAUCUCAAAUGCCUCACAGUUUUUGAAACAGUUAUCAACACUAGGACAAGAAAUGUGAUAUAAAUUCUGUGCUAAAAAUGAACCAAUUCAAUAAUUUUCUAAAAGGAAAUAACUUAUUCUACUAAGGUCAUGAGAAUAAUGUUGGAACAGCAAUAUUUAAGCACUUAAUCAUUGCUUUCCAAUUUUUUAGCUCUUCUGGCCAAAGGCCAGAAGAGCUUAUGCGAUGGUAAUGUGUAUGUAGUAUGUGCAUCCGUGCGCCUGUGCAUCUGUAAACAAUUGCUUGUGAACACGAUACAGUCUUCAGUUUUGAUUAUAUCUCGAUGAAACUUGUACAGUAUCUAGAUAUCCAUUAGAGCUCGGUUUCUUUCGAAAACCAGCCAGAUCCGCCCAUGCAUGCCUAUAUUAUGGCCCUUGAUAGUAUAAAAAAAUGCUAUUGUGUAAACAAUUGGUUGUGAACAUGAUACAGUCUUCAUUUUUGAUUGGAUCUCGAUGAAACUUGUACAGUAUCUAGAUAUCCAUUAGAGCUCGGUUCUUUUCGAAAAUCAGCCAGAUCCGCCCAUGCAUGCCUAGAUGAUGGCCCUUGAUAGUAUAAAAAAAAUGCUAUUGUGUAAACACUAGCUUGUGAACACGAUACAGUCUUCAGUUUUGAUUGUAUCUCGAUGAAACUUGUACAGUAUUUAGAUAUCCAUUAGAGCUCGGUUCCUUUCGAAAACCAGCCAGAUCCGACCAUGCAUGCCUAGAUUAUGGGCCUUGAAAGUAUUAUAAAAUCAGUUCGUCUGUAAACAAUUGCUUGUGAACAUGAUUCAGUCUUCAGUUUUGAUUGUAUCUCGAUGAAACUUGUACAGUAUUUAGAUAUCCAUUAGAACUUGGUUCCUUUUGAAAACCAGCCAGAUCUGCCCAUGCAUGCCUGGAUUAUGGUCUUGAAAGUAUAAAAAAUGCUAUUUUUAGCCAAGUCUACAUGAGCGAAGUCUAUUUUUAGCCAAGUUUACAUGUAAAGUCACAAUUGCUUGUGAAGGUUUGUUCAAAUUGUGCCCCUGGGGUCAUUACUGCCCCCCCACGGAGAUUGUCCCGCAAGGGACCAGUGCGGCAAAUGCAAACGACCUCGACAACGUUGGCAGAGGCCCAGGGAAGAGUUCUCUUUUCUUUGAAAGGGACGGACUCCCCCCUUUCCCUUAAAUUGGGAAAUAUUAAAAACCUUUUUGUCUGAAACCACUAUGCAAAUCCUUGCUUUUUAAUGAAAUUUUGAGUGAACAGUUUUGCAAACAAGCAUUAAUGUUGUCCUCGGAUGUCCUUGACUUUGACCUUUGACCGACUUUUUAUUUUUAAAGCUACAGAAAUGAAAUUUUGACGAUGAGUACAGUUUUGAAAGCAAAUAUUUUUUACCCCCAGAUUACCUUUACUUGGCACAUAUUAAAACAGUUCAUGCAACUAAUCUGCUUACAACACUUCCUGUCCUCAGAUGUUGAACGUGCAGCGUUUUCAGCUAACCCAAACACUAAAAGUGAACUAUAUAUUUGUUGCCUAUUACUCAAAUGUACAUGCUCUGGAUUGAAAAUGACCACAAGAGCCAUGCCAGUAGAGCAUAGGCCCUUUUGGGCCUCUUGUUUAAAUUAUGUGCUUCAUACUCAGGGCUCUCACUAGGCUGAAAAUUUUGGGAGAAGUGACUUCUCCCUUCAGCCAAUUUAGGGAGAAGUGGGGAGACUUUAAGGAGAAGUGAUAUUUGUAACACCUGAUACAAAAACUAUGCCAUGCCAUUCACCUAAGUUUAUAUUCACAUAAAAUUGAUUGCUAUAACUAUAUAAAAUGUUCAUUAAAUAAUUGUAUCAUUUUUGGCUCAGCAAAAAGCAUCUAAAAUGAAACAAACAAAAAAAGACAGCUUAGGUUUUGAAAUAAUCAAAAUGACCUAAAUUAACUGUCAAUAUAGUAGAGGGACGAAUCUUGUUUUGGUACGUUCGGGAUGGGUACGAAUGUCACAUUUAGCUAUGCUGUUAUUUACUUGUCUCUUGCUAAAUAAUUUUAAAUAUGCUAACAUUUAAAAACCAAAUGACAUUUAAAUCACUGUCCUUGAUUAAAAAUUUACCAAUACAUAAUGGGAGGUUGAAAAAUUAACUCGGAAAAUUGUUCUGACAAAAUGGCGACCUCGCCGAAUUUUUUUGACAUCGUAAACUGUGACAGGAGAAAAUCACUGUAUAAAGUAAACUCUACAUACAGCAAAAAAAAAAAAUGUGUUUACAAAUCAAUUUUUAUCAUUUCACAAAAAACAAUCAAAUAUUUGGUGAUACGUCAUGUUAUUGAUUUUCUUAGCGCCUACUUGCCGAGAUGGCUAUAUUACCGUCUGCUUCAAAAGCAACAAUGUUUUAAUGUCUUGCAUUGUUUGUUCAAUACAUAUAUAUUAAUUACUUUUUAACUUCAUUAAUGCUUGACACGAUUUUCCAUAAUUAGGUUGCCUUUUCUAUCUCAUUUUAACGAACUUAUAUCAUUUGAUCAUGGUCUUCUCAAAGUACAUUCUGAUUGGUUAACUUUCAAUAGCUCCGCCUACUGGCGAUGUUUUGGUAAUUGGAUGACACGGCCCAAUUAUCGGAUUAGGAGAUUACCAAUUUGUACGAAUGACUUAUUGCCUGUUUUGACUAAUUUGACAAUGGCAAAAUACUCGCUGAUUGACAGAUUUACAAUGUGCUAAGAUUUUCGGCGAAGUGAAUAUCGCUUUGAUGUUACAAAUGGGCGAAGUCUGGGAAUUUUAGGCGACCACUUCGCCCAAGUCGCCCCCUCGCGAGAGCCCUGAUACUUUUUGUGUCAAGAAAUAUAUAAAAACAAUUAUAAAAUCAAUUCAUUGAUUAUAAAAUUAUACUGUAUGUUGACUAAUUUAUUGAAAUUGUUACCUAAACUUAUUGUACUGUACAUUGCUUUUUUGUUCUUUUUGCCUUCAAUAUAUGAGCCCUGAUCAUUUUGGCCCUUCAGACAUGCAUUGUAUUUUCUUGUUUUAUUUGAUAUUUCAAUUCAGUGACAUUUCAGCAAGGAAAAUUUAGUACUUCUUAACAUUGUAUGAUAUAAUCCAAUUGUGAAAAAUACAUCUGUAAAGAAAUGAUGUAAUAAUGCCUUUCAAUUAAAGUUCCAAAGUAUAAUACAUUUUUUCAUAAUUUGUAAGUAUUAUGUUUUAAGGCCUUAUGUCAUACAAGUUAAAACUUGACCGUUACUGUGUACACCAAUGGUUUGGACAUUUUUUUUUAUUCAUUCAUUUAAAACCCAAAAUAAUAAAUAGGAUGUUUAUAAGCU